GUGAUUCCACGACAUGCCCGUGGUCGCCUCCGGCAGGUUUCUGCAGGUUUCUGCAGGUUCAUGUAUCUUCGCGCUUGCUCUCGGCCGUUAGGCAAGCUUUGUCAGGCCUUACGGACCACAGUGUUGUCUCGUUUUUAUCCCCCAACUUGUAUGCGGGACAUGCAGCUAACCGCCUUGGUGGUGUCACAGAACUCUCCUUGUCUUUACUGGCAUCUUUACGUUUCUUGUCGAUGCUUAUCCCUUGUACGCCGCCUCGGCCCUCGCAAGCAAUGCGUUUGUGCGAUGCAUGUUUGCUGCUGCCUUCCCGUUGUUCGGGACUCAAAUGUACAACAAACUGGGAUAUUCCUGGGCCUCGUCGUUGCUCGCUUUCUUGACGGUGGCCAUGCUGCCGUUUCCAUUCAUCUUCUUCAAGUACGGCAAGAGGAUCAGGGCCCGCAGCCGAUUCGCCACUCGUGGCUAGGAGGAAGAACGCUCGAGACUGAUGAAUGAAGCGCAUGCGAUCGGUGGCGAGCGGGCCGAGUCAACGCGAGAUUCAGCGACAGCUGGUGAAGGAUCAGACAUGAGCGGCACCGCACAGACUUUGCAGAUUGGCCCGGAUGACUGACAGAGGCUGCUUGGCCCUGAAUGGUCGAUGGCGUCGCAUGCAGCUCCGUUAUUGCUAUUAAUUUCUGGUUGGGCGCAUGCACGCAACGAGCACGUUCCUGACCCAGGCGGCCGAACAAGGAUGCUGUAUGGCAAUAUUGGACGACUAACAGCA